GAGUUCAUCUUCCAAGGCCACGAACGGGAAGAGUUCAGUUUAUGCCCUUUGCCGAUAGAGAAGAGACGAAAAGAUAGUUGAAUCUCCAGCCUCCCCCGCCAUCAACGCCGUCACAAAAAUAAAAAGUGCAAAUAUCGAGAUCAAUGGAGCGGCCAUGUUUAGAUGAGAGGGAGGAGGAAGCUCAGGUGAUGAGCGAAGUCCACCUUGGUUGCCCACCUGGCUCCUCUGGGCCACAUAUGUCCCAUUUCACCAUCUCCAUUCCACCUGGUGUUGAUCAUAGCAGAUGUAAGGAUUUAUUUAAAGAUGAAGUAAUACCUACGCACCAAAUGAUUUGUGUGGACGAAGAUGGUGAUCUUGUUCUAAACAGACGCAGCAAUUUUCCAACUCUUAGUUUUAGUGUAACCAUCCAGCAUAAUAUCACAUCAUCAAUUCCAAGUGUGGGGUUGCAGGUUUGGAAGGCAGAACUGGUAUUAUCUGAUUUUGUGCUGCAUAAAAUGUUUACUUCAUCUGAAUUGGAUGGGAUUAGUUCGCUAGAACUUGGUGCUGGAACUGGGCUGGUGGGUAUGUUGCUUGCACAUGUCGCUAAAACAGUGUUCCUAACAGACCGUGGCACUGAAAUCCUUGACAACUGUGCAAGGAAUGUUCAACUCAAUUCUGAAGUGUUAAACUAUCAGGAUGCAAUUCAUGUACACGAACUUGAUUGGUUGGGUUCCUGGCCACCUGCAUUAUGCCUAGAAAAUUCUGGAGAUCAUAAAAGUUAUUCUUGGACCCCCACAGAAGUUGAAGAAGCUCAGGGGGCUUCUUUGCUUCUAGCUGCUGACGUGAUAUACAGUGAUGAUCUUACUGAUGCUCUUUUCAGUAUUCUAGAGAGACUAAUGUCAUUGGGUUCAAAAAAGGUUUUAUACUUGGCAUUGGAAAAGCGAUACAACUUCAGUCUUGACGAUCUUGAUGUUGUCGCAAAUGGCUAUGCGCGUUUCCUAGGUUAUCUUAGAGAAGAGGAAGAAUAUGAGGACCUUGAAUAUGGAUCCUCCCCUUGUUUUGUGGGCAAACGUGUUGAUCUUUCAUUAAUUCCACAAUAUGUUAGAGAGUAUGACAGGGGAGAUGAUGUUGAACUUUGGCAGAUCAAGUUUGGUGGCAGGUUUCAGCUUAAAUUCAUUUCUUAAACAAAUCCAAACCAUAAUUGAUCUCUUACUUGGGAAACUUUUUUUUCCAGGAAAAUUUGAACUAGCUGCUAUUGUCGGUUAGGAAUUCCGGCUGAUGCAGCAGGCCACAGGAGUCUACUGCCUGUUGUCCUUGAAAAGAAAAGAUGAAAAUCGCAAUUUUAGUUUCUUCUUGUUCUUUUGUCUAGGCUGAAUGUAUGUGGUCAUUGAUCAUCAAAUGAAGUAGUUCUGUAUCAUUCGGCCAUUUCCUAGCAUGCUCGCGUGUUUCUUUCUAAAAUCAAGACACCAAGGGAGGGCCUCGCUUGUGAAAGAAGGGUGAGAUGUGAUCCAUUUUUCCUGCAAGAGCUUUUAAAUUUCUUAAAUUAGAGGUAGAAAACCAAAACAUGAUUACUUGAUUUGGUCUGUUGUGCUGUAAGGGGAAAACCCCACCAAGAGUUCCUUUUUCCUGAAACUGAAAUGGCAUAGGCGGCUGGCUCAAUUGAAAAACAAGUGCGGAAAUUGACACUGUGACAGGACAUGUCUAAAGUUUAACCUGUCAGGAAUUGCUGCUAGGAACAACAACGAAGGGCGGGCAGGCCAUGGUUCGGCAUGGGUACGGAACCAACAUGUACCGGACUGUUCUCUCUUGUUUUUAACUAAAUUGGAAUUGGCUGGUUGGAUUUAAGACUA